AUGGCCUCCAACCUACCUGUUUCCACUGUUUACGUUCAAAAUCUCGAAGAGCGCGUCAAGCUCGAAGCUUUGACGGAAGCCUUGAGAACAAUAUUUUCGGAGUUUGGUUCUGUCAUCGACAUUGUCGCGAAAAAGAACCUUCGCGCUAAAGGUCAAGCCUUCGUUGUCUUCGAGAACCCUGAAAGCGCGCGCGAUGCCAUCGAAGAGAUUGACGGGUUCGAGCUUUUCGGGAAACCGAUGAAGCUUGCGAUUGCGCGUACCAGAAGCGACAAGACGGUUGAACUGCAGGGCAACCAGGAAGAGCUUGACAAUCACAAGCGCCAUCGGGAGGAGGAAAAGAAUAAGCGUCAAGCUUUAGAAAGAGCGGAAGAGCAGCGACAGACCAACAAUCGUGGUCCUGGCGCAGCUACGGAUACCAAGCCCGCGAAGGCCACGAAAUCCUCUGGUCUCAAGUCAACCAGCGCCGCAGCAUCAGGUGGUGUACUCGACGAAUUUCUCCCCCCAAACAAGAUUCUGUUCGUCCAGAAUCUCCCCGAAGAAUAUGAUAUCGAGGCUUUGACUAGUGUAUUUGGCCGCUUCGAUGGCUUCCGGGAAGUCAGACUUGUCCCAGGACGGCGUGGCAUUGCCUUCGUGGAAUACGAGGCUGAGCAGGGUGCCAUAACCGCCAAAGAACACACAGCCGGCUUACAUUUGGGAGAAAAGCCCAUCAAGGUUACCUAUCAGCGACAGUAA